UAUCUCAAGAUAUCCCCCUGAUGAAGGUCUUUGUCCACAGGCUAAACCAUUCCCUGUAUGAAACCAACCAAAAAUUAAAGGGACAGGUUCACGGUUAUGUACAUGGUCAUUAAUUAAAUUAAUUUUUUCCAAUUUAUUAUUAAUUCUGUCGGUUAAUAAUCCCACUCACAUGUAUCUCAGCAAUCUCAGAGUGUAUUAUUUUCACAAAGUAGAAGUGUAUUUCAGAGUAACAAGGUAAGGUAGUGGAGCCCUAAAAUCGCAGAAAAAAUUAGUGGAUUAUGCCAACACUGCCGACGUUGAAUUUAUUGUAACCUAAAGGUUUUAUUCCAUGGUUGAUUAAUUUACAGCUAUUUGUAAAUAUUUAAGUUGAUCAAGAGCAAGUAACUGCCAGGGGAGUAUGCAGAUUGAUAUAGGUAUAGAAGAUUCAGCAUGUCCUGGCACAAAAGCAACAUUUUGAUAAACGAGCAUGCACUGAACCAUGAACCUGUCCCUUUAAAAUGGUAAGACUUGGUGGUAUAUUACUGUCUUGACGUGGGUGCCUACAAGAGGUUCAGCUAUGAAUGCAGUGACUAACUGGUUGCUUAUGUGAGGUUGCUGUUUGCUGAUGAGGGCUGCUCACACAUAGAAGUUUGACUGUAAUAAUUUAAUUUAUUACAAUUUAAUGGCAGUAAGUCAGGUUAAGGCAGUAUGGACGAUUUAUAAAAGAGUUACAGCGACCCCAUAUAAAAACAUAUCACCUUAAACAUGAUAACAUGAAGGUGUGAAAUUUUGCCAGUAUAUUUUGGUUCCAAGACAUGGUUAUUGUUUUGUUUGGCAAUUCAGUUGCAUAAUUCAGUUUAUUACAAUACAGUAAAUAGUUUUGUUAGAGGAUGACUUGCUUGGACUCUUGCCCAUCGGGAAAGUGAGCUUUGAAAGCUUCUUUCCUAGCAAGAAUAUCUACUGGUCCUGGACUAUCGGAGGAAACUUUUUUCAAGCCCUGAAAAAGUGGUCACGUGUCAGAGGUUGUCGUCUUUGAGAGGUGGAUUUGUUGCGGUCCUGGAUUUAUUUUCUUUUAUUUUUGGUAUGGUUAUGUAUGAGAAUGAGUUUGAAAAAUUAGGGAAAAUAAAAAUUAAACCAAAAAUACGUAUGUAAUAUUCAACCAAAGCAUAUCAGUGCACCUAGAGGUUCUCCUUCCCUUUUCCCAAACUUACAGUAUUUAUCUCUUCAGUAUUCUAGUUUGAUUUAUUUACCUUACAUCUUGCUGCCUAAACUUAAUACCAGUAAGGUCCUGUUUUCACUGGCAGCAGCUUACUGGAGAGGAGAUGACACUGGUGAACGCUCCAUGUGUUUGACAUUUGGUUUGUUCUUUUUUGUUGUUGCCAUGGCAGUGCUGGUGAUUGACGAGUCUCUUCUAGACUUUGGUCUUGAUAAAGGUAAGCAAGUAUAAAGUGGUAAAUGAUUGUUUAUUUAAGCAAUAGACAACACUUUCUAUGGGUUACCGGCGUGAUAAACCACGCGGGAUGUUGGGAGAACACGAGAAAAGUUGGUAAAUCACGAGCCGAAGUCGAGUGAUUUACAAGCUUUUCGAUUGUUCUACCAACAUCCCAAGUGGGUUAUCACGCCGGUAAACCCAUAGAAAGUGUGGUCUUUUGCUUUUAUAUAAUAACUUUAAGUAAAACUAUGAGUUUACCGGCACAAUAAACCAUAGCUUUUGAACCAUUCAGAACGCGCGUGCUAUCUUAGUUAUUUAAUAAUGUGUAAUACAAACACAGAAUAUAAAGUUGAAAGACGAAACAUAAUGACAACCCUUUUAAACCACUUGUUUAAAUACUAUUAAAGGUAAAGGUGAAAAAGAGGGUAAGUGCAAAACCUUUCUCGUGAAAAUGAGUUUUAUUUGCGUGAGAAUAUAAAAAAAAUAAUUUUCACAUCAAUAGCUUCGCAGUUAGCCUCGGUUUGAAACAGAGGCUUGUGGCAACUCGGAAUUGACCUUUUCAACUGAUGUCGCUAAAAUGUAUUUUUUGUGUUUUCUUUUAAACUAGUCAUCUAUUUUUAUUACAAAAACGCAGUUGCACUUUACGUAAGCGAUCACACAAAAUGCCAGAUUUAGUGGAACUUGCAUAUGAGAUGCAGGGGCGGAUCUAGGGGGGAGAGUGCAGGGGGUGCGCACCCUCCCCUCCCCUCACCCCCCCCCCCCCUCCCUUGAGAUGAUCUUCGGCUUUCAAAUACAAAUGGUAUUCUGAAAAAAAUAAUUUUUGUUAUUGAUAUGGUUUUAACGGACCCAACAGAAAUUUUUUUUGUCGUUUCCGUAACAAUUUAUUUCCUCUGGAUUACACAACUUCGUUCCAAGAGGUCCCCAUCUCCCACUCGUCCCUGUCUCGCUCCGCGUAGAACCCUUGGAACGGGGUUGAGAAUUAUAGUUUAACUAAGAAAUGUUCCAACACAUAAUUCUAUUCAACAUUUUUUCGGGUUUUUGGUAGCAUUGGGAAGUAACGGAUGCUGAUGUUGAGCUGGCAGACUUGAACCGUACGUUCGCGCCGGACGUGUGAACCUUGAACUUCUAGGGGGUUUCGGGAACAUGCUCCCUCCCGGCUAUUUUGUAGGUUUUUCAGGCGAAAGUAAACAACCGAGGCGAGGGCGUCAAGCAACUGAGGCACGCCCCGUAGUUGUUUUCACUCGCCUGAAACUUAUUGUUCCAAUAAUCUGCAGAAUAAUAGAUAUUGACAGCUGAUCUUUUCUUGUUUGGUUUUAAUGUCAGGUUACGAGUCUUUUUCAGAAAAGGUUACAGAGUUCAUGGAAAAGCAAGGGAUUUCAUCUAGGUCAGGGUUGGCAAUUGCCUUAUACAUAUAAACUCGCUUAACUCUUAGAUUUCUAAUAUUCACCAACGUGAAUUCUUCUAACAUUAUCAAUACGUGAUCAGGGGAAAAUUUAUAAGAAUUAAAAUUGAUUGAAAGAUGUUGUGAUCUUUUUAUCGCUACACUGUACUACUAUCGUUAAGGCCGCUGAACGGCGUUGCGAUCAUGUGGAAAGCAGGGUUUACAAUUUAUUUAAAUCUGACAAAUUCAGUUCUUAAGUUUCACCUUCCCCUAUACUUCUCAACAAACACUUCGUGUAUUCAGGCGACGACGACAUUGUAGGGAGUUAAAGCAAAGACGACGGCGAAGGCCGCAACGAGAAUAAAGGUCGCUUAAAAAGUGAUUUCGGGUUCUUUCAAUAUUUAUCGCGAUUAUUCCGAUUUACUUUGUCACAUGCAGGCGAACUCUCCUGGAGCUGAGUUCCUAAGAAAAAUACCCAAGUUCAUAAAGAAAAGGAAAAUUUCGUCCUGGCUUGUUUACUUCCUCCAUUAAACGUCAAGUCCGGCAUUUUAACUUCGUAGUCGUGUAGUGACUGCAACGAAAUGCACAAGAAAGCGUCAUGCACCUGCAGAAAUCUUGUUUUUGCUCAUUAAUCCUGUUGCUUUUUUGACGUUCUCGUCGUUGGAUCUUUGGGUCCCUAAUUAUCAGAGAGUAGUCACGAGCAGAUGACGUCAGCUGUUGCGUUUUUCGCUUCGAAAGAUUCUUAAUACCUCUUAAACUGUACGUGUUGUUUAUGCGAAUGCACCAAAAGAGCGGUAGUUGAAUGUUAAGAACUCAACUCCCCAGCCCCGUCUGUCGGUCAUUUGUUGGUCUAGUAUCUUGCAGACAUUUUUUAACUUAUUUCAAAAAGUUUUACUUUUGAACAGCGAAACGUUCAUUGAUGAAUAAAGCUGUAUAUAUGUAGAUAUGCAAGGCUUUUCAGACUUUUCUCUGAGUCACGAUAAUCACGUUAGUCAUCAUUAUCGCUUUCAUAGAAGUUAAUCAUAAUUCAAACUCAAUGAGCGUAGUAACACACGCAAAGAAGAGUGGUUUGUUUGAACAGUUAACAAUACACAACUGCUUUCUUUCUGCCGCUUUUCCGGGCUAGUCCUCAUUUCUCGAACAGCGGCCUGUAAUCGAGCCUAGUCGACAACUUUUAAAACAAUGAGCUGUUGAAGUCAAAGUGUAUAAGAAGUAUUAAGGGUGAGUCUAAUAAUACUGGAGUCUUUGGCAAGUCACAAACAGUUAAAGGAUAGCAAUUGAUAACCGCCGAAAAAAACUAACUAUGUUCUUUUGAUAAUCUUUCUACAAUUAAGUCAUUUUUCUUCCCCAGUGGCCCGACUCCUCGGUGGGUGUUCAAACUGUUCCUCGCUGUGGCCUCUGCUGUGCUUGGUGCUUUUCUAAGCUUUCCUGGCAUGCGUUUGGCAAACAUGUACCUGGAUUCACUUUUCUACUGUCGAGAAACUCGCUUUAUGCUGUAAGUUCAACUUAUAUUUCUAGGUCUUUACUCCGUUUUAUGAAGCGAGUGCAUCCUUCAUACUGGCAACUCUCUAUUUUCGAAUCCCCCAUAUAAGUACACUAGCUCAGUUUGGCCUUCAAUACUCCUGGGAGGACUACAUUUUCAAAAAAUAUUUGGGCGUGGAGGUGAUAAAAGUGCGUUAUGGGAGAUUCGAAAAUUGAAUGUUCCGCACAGGGGACUUUCUAAUUACUCAAAGAAUGUUUGUCACGACAUUUCUAGUCCAGUGUUGUUUAGUUCUGUCAAGUUACUCACAGCGAAACCUACAGAGAGCAAAGAAAUUAAUCCUAAAAGACUAUAUCGCAAGUGAAGGGAAACAGGAUUAUAGUUAUGUAUCCAGGUCGCUAUAUUUCAGACUUACCAAAAUCAAACACCUAACGACAUUCCAGUCCUUAAAGUAUGCAGAAUGUUUGAGAGUUUAUGCCCGUAUUACAGAACUGCAAAAUCAGUCGGUGAACCGACAAUGCCUUUAAGCUACAUGCAAAUGGCGCAACAACUCCCAACAUUGUUGGCCCAAGAACGUUGGAAGUUGUUGCGUCCGCGUGUAGGCUGUGGUGUCCAAACGAAUGCAGCAACUUCCCAACAAUGUUGGGACCUGCAGUGCAUCGUGGGAACUAUACAACCUACAAGACUUUUUUAAACCGUGUGUGAUGCGCGUUGUUGGAAGAGCUUUGCAAACGGAUCCAACAUUGUUGAGCUACGCUUCGGUGGUCACUGAACAAAAGAAACGUUGGGAGUUGUUGGCUCAAACGUUUGACUGGUAAAAAAAAAUUGUAAAUUGUAAAUUGCUUGUUUACCCACGAAGCACAUAGGAGUUCUUAUGAACUCGUUUAAACGUGUCCGUGCGUUCUAGAUCGAAUUGGAAAUUGAAAUUGUUAGUUUUUGAGGUUUCAAACCUUACGCAACAAUUCCCAACAACACGCAAGAACAUGCAACGGGGUAACCUGAGAUCAGGCUCUGUUUUCGUUUCGCUUGUAACGGAUGACGUAAGAGAGAAUGCAUGAGAACCGCUAAACUUGGGCCUUUUCUCAGGUUAGCAACAGGGUGCGUAAAUAGACGCAAAAUGUAGCAUCCAACAAUGUUGCGUCCGUUUGCACGGCGCUUCAUGCCCAAUGCCCUACUGCGGUAGCGGAUAUGAUUAUAAAACACCAUGAAAGAUGAUCAUUUUGAUGAUCUUCAGCUUUUUUAUUUUUUAUUUUCUGUUUUAGGGUUUGUCUCCACGUGAAUUUCGUGGCGCCUUUGUUCCUUAUUCUGUUAUGGGUGACGCCCAUCGUACAAGGACCCCUAUUGGCUGGCUCAUGGAAAGAUCCCAACAGUAAAGACAGCCAGCCAAUGUAAUUUUGACUGUUAUGUUUUCACUCUGCAAUCACUUUAUUUACUUACUUCACUGUUUUACUCACCUUAUUGCUAGUUUAUGUAAAUGGCAAUGUCUGAAAUAUAUUGUAAGCUUACCUGGGACCUCAACGCAAUGCAUGACAUUAACUGAAGUACGGAGGAUUUUGUCACCAUACUCAGAUGUUUAAAUUGCAUAACGUGUCAAAACGAUUAAUAUUCUCUAUGAUUUUAGGUAUCCCUAUUUUUUUCUUUUUGUAGACUUCAAAAUGUUUUGCUGGAAUGAUGCCACCCUCUACGUAUUCAUGAAACGCGCAAAAUAUAGCCCAACAACACAGCCAACGUAUUGCGACGCCACCACUGGUUUCCCUGCGAAAUGGAAUCUGAGGAUCAAGUGCAAAAAUUCCAUACUGAUGACGUGUUACUUGCCUGAUCUUGAUAUUGCUCUGAUUGGUUGUGCCGUGAGGGCAACUUGCUACAACCAAUCAAAAGCGCUAUCUUGAUCUGGGUAGUUUCACGACAUCAGUAUGGAAUUUCUUCGUUUGUUCCACAGACGUUAUUUUGCCGAGAAAUCAGUGGUUGCGUCGCGAAAUAUGGACUGUUUUCUAAGGCUAGCAAAGUACCUUUGUAACAGAAUGUGCUGCCUUUUAAGGAGGCCACUGGGCACUUGACUUGCGAAGUUUUAAUCACUGAUUCCCGUUGUAAUAAUUUAUUUUCAGAUUAACAGAGAAAGGCUACAACAACCUACGCUUCAGCUUGUUGCUGCUGUUCUGCGUUUUACGGCUUAGUCUAGUUUGGCGACAUCUUCAGUCAUAUCUAGACAUGGCUCACGAGAGAAUUGAAAAGAUGAAGAAAGAAACAGGAAGGAUAUCAAAUGUGGACUUACAAAGAAAGGUGAUAAAUCCAUUUUCUUUCAUUUCCUCUCAUUUCUUCUCAGCAAAUAUGUGCCUGGCUUUAAAUAGAAGUUUAGUUUGUGAUAUAUUUGAAGUUGAUAGGGAUUUGAUUAGACUUGCUACAAGUCGACCUCACGAGUUUCCUAGCGAAGGGAGCGGACGAAGGACUUUUUUGAAGGUCUAGGAUCUAGGAUUUGAUUUGUUGACUAGAUUUAAAGUUUUAGCUUGUUCAGAACGAAAUCUCUUUUAAUCCCUUUUUUUUUCAGUUGUGAAUUAUUAGGUACUUAAUACUAUUUUUAAAUUACUCUAUUUGUAUUUGUCCCUCAAUUUAAGUUAAAUUUAUUCGUAUUACACAGGUCGCCCGCGUGUUCUAUUACUUGUCAGCGGCUGCUCUUCAAUACCUAGCCCCAACGAUUCUCCUUCUCUUCUCAGUAUUGAUGCUGCGUACAUUGGGUAGGUUUACAGCAUGACUUCUUUUAAAGGAGCUUUGGCUAUGGCCACAAGAAAUCCUCUAUCGUUGUCAGCGCAUACUUGCAUAAAAAUAUUCUUUGAGUAAAAAUAUAUGUAUUGUUUUAGUGUCGGUGCCUGGCUGGGAUUCGAUUUCAUAACCUUUGCCAGCGCACCCUGUCAGUACAACCUUUCUUUUGCUUUCUCGAAUUUGGCGUAGUCGAGAAAGACUCAACAUGAAUCGAGUAAGAUCUUUUUUGAGCAUGCGUCUCAUGUUGCUAAGCCUAUGAUAUUUUUCCGCACGGUACAACGGGCUCUGUUAUGGACAGCGGUUUGUCAAUGAAGGGAUGCUCGCGCAUAAAAACCCAGUUUUACGAGAUAAUACAAGAUUGACUGGUCCUGAAGUUCGGGCUGCCGUUACUUCAAAGGAUUGACAGACAAGUUUCAAGUAGAACCUCCUUUCUCCUCCUCGAUCAAGGUGAUGUUACACGGGACGAGUUGCAACGAAAAAUUUGAGCGCAACACAUCUUUGCAAUGUUGGAACAAUCCUGUAACUAUUCCAAACAAUGUCGCAACAAUGUACGUUGCAACGCUGUGUUGCGCUAAAAAUCGUCUUUGCGAAUCGUCUCGUGUAACAUCACCUAAAAGGAAGUUCUGCUCGCAGCGUUUUGCCGUCGUCGUCGUCGUCUACUGUAUCUUUAGUGACCUUACGCAGCAGGACGGGAGAGGAAAGAACACGGCAAACCUUGUGUGACAUCAUGAUAAUAAUUUUGUUUGAAAAACGUUUCCGCCGAACUUCACCCUCCAUUAAACAGGUCUUUUUGUACAAGACCAGAACACGUUAACUUAAGUGAAGAUCACCACAAGACACAUAAGUAAUAGGCCUGUCACGUUUGUCACAAACAAGAGUUUUGUCGUCCUCAUCUUCUUUUUGCCGUUCUGUUGCGCAAAACUCGAUCCAACUGAACAAACUAGGCCGGGUUGCUGUAGGGGACGCGGAAGAUCCCUACAUACGCUAGCGUUCAGUUAGAGUGAAGGACGUGUAAGCUCCGCUAUUUUGGCUUUAUUAUUAAUAAAGCAAUUUAAGUGCUCUUGAAUCAGAAACUACAUCUUGAUCUUAAGAUAAUUUCUCAAAAGCUACUUCUUGCCUCCUUCGCGUUUGAUUACUUUCUUGCUUUUGUACUAAUGUAACCUGCUAUUCCACCUUUGUUAACUACACUGCUUUGGAAAUUUAUCUUGUUUUAAAAACGUCUCUUGGUAGCAAAGAAACGUCUGAAUGUUCAAGGUCAUUGUAAAUCCAAAUCCCCAUUCCAGAAAAAGUGGGGGAAUGGAUACAAACUUUCGGCGCUACGGUUUCUGGGGUCGUUUGGGUGGACAAACGUUCGUUACAUGUACUUAUGAUUGGUUAAUAGUUGCCUUGAAUACCAUCGACCAAUCAUAACUAACGCUUGUCCACGCAAACAAUCCCAGAAAUCACUGCACCCAAAGCUUGUACCCAUUCUCCCCAGAGUUUCUGAAGUGGGCUAUAACAGUAAAAAGAUUUACGUUCAGGCAUCACCAUAGUUGACCGUCUCUUUGAAGCACUCAGGCGGAAAAUUUUUUUAAAAACUUAAUGGCGUCAUUUUAUAAGUUCGUAUUUCCAAUCACUAGGUUGUGGAUUACAGUGGGGUUCUAAAAAUCUCCCGGCAUUGUAAGAUUUACACACUCCUUGUUUGUAAUUUUGGAUGAAUUAAUUAAACAUAAGUUGUUUCUUUAGGUUGUUCAGACUGGAACAGUAACCCUGUUGGUGUAUCCCGUAUCCAGUAUUCCUCACUGAUAUCCAAUAGCACGAGAGAAGCCGCUCUGAGUCUGCGUGGAGUACUUACCCCUGCGUUGUUCCAGGGAAUCAUGUCUUACAUGGUGUGGUGGGUGUGUGUGUCUUGGUUAAUCACCUCGGUGUUUGGAGUUGUUUAUCUCAAGAUGUUUGAAGCAAGUUGACACUACACUCAUAGGCAGCCUAGUCCCUAAACGUUGUCGGCUCGGUUAAAACUACAGCCCACCGUGAGCUGUGACGUCACCGAGAAAGACUCGCCCAGAUUUCUCGCGGACAAUGGGGGAAGAGAGAAUGCCUGGGGACUAGGCUGAUUCAGGGAUAGACAGAAGAGGGAAAGACGUGGAUUGCGCGAUCGACUGAAAUGGAUUUCGAGGCCGAGAAUGACGUGUUGCAGUGACGACGCUCUCUAAAUGAUCGGAGAAAUAAAUUCCACUUCGAUAAACCUGGAUAAAGCUACUUUGAUCCUUUGACUGAAAUGUUAUUAUUGGACAGCAGCCCCAUGAAAGUUGAGAUCAGUUGUAAAUUCAGCCAGAGAAAGGACAUUUUCCUGGCCUCCGUAAUAAAGUCUCUGAAACAGUUACUGUAUGCAGGCUAUACUCAGAAAAGAAGUUACCAUGGUGAUUUCCCCUUUAUGUUUAAUGCUUGUCUCUUGAAACCUCCGAAUUUCAAUAAUUAUUCUACUCUUUGGACCAAAUAGACAUCUUUACCUGUAUGUUUUGUUUUCCUAAUGAAGGUUUCAGGGGAAUUUGUCCAUAUGUCUUUUCAUACGUUAUGCGUGCACAUGAAAAAGACAAAAUUUAAAAGAGUUUCCAAUGUAUUAUCACAUCACCUACUUUUAGACGAGGGAGCGUGAGCUGCAGAAAC